CCAAAACACCUUGUACAGCUCUCACGCUUGAACACCUCAUCAGUUGACACAGAUUAUAUGAAAGAGGAAGAUUUGCAUUGUACAGCACAUGUUCACCAAGGGCAAGAUGUAGAGUUUGAAAAGACUUGGUUUGCAGACCCCCACACACGUGAAAGAUUGACCCUCAAAACUACAUAUUGGUCUAAACAUUAUUGUGCUGUGCAGGUCCAUUUUACUCGUUGUCCAAACAGCUGCAUCAAUGCUAAUCGCAGUGUUCUCAAACAUGUUAUGCACGGCCUCAGAACAGAGGACUCUGAGGUUGACUGCUGCCAACAUGAUUUCUUUGACAUCAUUGAUUCUAUACCCCAUGUCUCAUUAGCAAAACCGCGAGCCGCCCAUUGGAAAGACGUGGGGAAGUGGGUCAAGAAGUGUGCAGCCAAUGACAAUGAAUGGUCCCGAACAGAGGACCCUAGUGUGUUGGUUUGUCAAAGGCUUGGGGUCUACAAGCAAAGUCAGGCUGUGUGUGUGCAUGUUAAGCGCAGCGUAAUACUAGCCACUGAUGACCAGGGUCCUGGGGACCCCAGCCAUAGUGGCCUGUUUGUCUCUGUUUCCACAGGCAUAACUCCAGCAGAGGUGCACCCCAAAUUGGCGGGAGUUCCAAAUUCCGUUUGGGCAAAGGGUAAACAUGAUGUGGGCCUAAUAAAGAAUGCUGAACCAGUGGUGAUCACCCCCAAAUCGGAUUUCAGGCCUAGGCAGACCCAGUAUCCACUCAAACCAGAAGCAAUUGCAGGGCAGAUUUAAAGAGCGACCCUUUGGAAAAUCCAGACAUGAUCCUCUAUGUGGAUGGUUCAGCCUCCAGAGACCCAGAGACGGGAAAGAACAAAGUAGGUUUUGCCGUAGUCUCAGAUCACGAGGUCCUCAAGGCGUCAUGUCUGCCCUCGAACCUGUCGGCGCAGGCUGCAGAGCUCUGUGCCCUCAUUGAGGCAUGCAAAUUGGCGGCAGGGCAAUCUGUCAAUAUUUUUACGGACAGUAGGUAUGCAUUUGGCGUUGUGCACGAUUUUGGCACCAUUUGGAAACAUAGAAAUUUUCUCACUAGCACAGGAUCUCCCAUUGCACAUCAUAAACUGGUCUCUGAGUUGUUGGAUGCUGUUCUACUCCCUAGAGCUAUUGCUGUGUGUAAGUGUGCUGCCCAUACUAACAAUACUGAUCUUGUGUCUCAAGGGAAUGCCAGGGCGGACGCGGCAGCUAAGUGUGCAGCCUCGGCUUCCAGUUCACCCUCUAACCUUGCUUUUCCUCAGGUUUCUACCCCUUGUUUACAGCUAGCGGACCUUCAGAGCACUGCCACCCAGGACGAGAGACGAGUCUGGAAACAGGCAGGCUGUAUCCUUGCAAACUCGGUCUGGGUUUGUCCCUCGGGCCGUUCCUG